AUGAGCAAUUCUAGCAACGUCGACAACUUACAACCAUGCCAGGCCCACAGACACUCGUCUACCUUAGCUCUUUACGCGCUGCUGGCGAGCGCAGCUGCACUCUCCGCCUCAGGUGCAGCGGCCUCCCCGGCCUCCUCACCGUCCGCGCUCGUUGCAAGCGCCGGUACGGGCAAGGCUCGGGUGCAGCAUGAGGAAGAGGCAGAGGGUUAUGCAGGGCUCCACCAGCGCAGUGCUGCCCCGUCAUUUACCACGAGACAGGCAAGCUGGUGGUCCAUCAUUUCGCGCUCUGAACCCAAUAAUGCAUCCUCGUCGUCAUCACCGGCAGCACGUGUGUACUCUAGGGCGAAAGCGAAAGCCCAAACGCAAGAGCAGGCAGAGCAAGGCGUCAUCAUCGAUGACGAGAUCGUCAAUCAUGCUGUCAGGCAGGAGACAUCUCCCCAGCCCGUAAUCGUGACCGUCUCGAGCGAUAGCGACAGCGACGGCAUUGGUGAGAACGACAUGGACGCACAGGCGACAACGCCAUUGGAAGCGACACAGCAAGGCCAGACUCAUUCAUCGUUUGAGCAGCUCCUCGGCUACCACCAGGACAACUACGCUGCCGUCUCGUCCUCAAUGCACCAGCAACGACGCCAAGCUGAGCGAGAUCCUGCAGCAGCCGCAAUGGCAGCAGCGGCCAAUCGACGCGAUGGUGCGCCGUUGGGCCGCCGUCCGCUCGCAGCGAGGGCGGUGCAGAACUUGCAACUUCUCGUUUCGCGCGCGCUCGUUGGUGAUGAGCAGGACCGUGCCACACAAGCGAUUCCCGCAGCGUACACCGUCGUACCAGUGGAACCUGCGUCCGCAGAAGCAGCAGCAGCAGGGCAAAUAGAAAGCGCUAUCAGGCUCAGUCCGCAGCAAUCGAGCCGCGUCCUGGGGCAGAGCAUUUCUACGCGCGCACCAUUGCGUAGGACCAACUGGCUCCUGCGAGCCAACGAGCCCGAGAUGCGACGCGCCUCGUCCAGCGAAUCAGAUAGUGAUUCCGGCUCUGGGGACGGUGCCAGUAAGAAACAUAGCCAGGAGGGAAGUGGAAGCGGCAGCAGUAGCAGUAGCAGGAGAAGAAAGUCGUCGGCUUCGUCAAAGGAUGGUGAUGGGUCAUCCAAUGACGACAGCUCAGACGGCAGUAGUAGUAGUAGCAAGAAGAAGGCUUCGUCCUCUGUCAAGCAUGGCAGUGACAGCGAUGCAAGCAGUGGCUCAGGAAGCGGUACAUCUUCAAUGCAGCUGAAGAAGACGCCGAUCCCCUCCGCCAAGAGUCACACCAAAGCCCAAAACGAAAAGAAGGGCAACAGCAACGAUGAUUCUGGUUCCGGCUCCGGCAGUGGUAGCGGAAGCGGAAGCGGCAGCUCAGGCGACGAGUCGAGCAGCAGCAAGAGCAAGAGCGCAGCGGACAAGACCAACAAGGCCACGGCUUCCAAGGCGUCAUCGAGUGAUAAAGUUAAGAGCACGUCAAAGAACCAUACCAAGGCUGAAGAGUCCAGUGCGUCCUCUUCAUCUGGCUCCGUCGCAGCGGCAGCGGCAGCAACAUACACGACUACGAUGCCAGUGCUCGCCACCUGGUCCAGUGGCACUUCCACUUGGACCGCGACGCAAGCCUGGACGACCGCUACCGUCGUGCCUACAUCGUCGUCAUUCGUGAAUGCAAAGGGCGGUGCCGCAGGUGGAAGAGCAGGUGCGCAAGAUGGGAGCGCCCUGCCCGCCGACUACGGUGCGCCGUCUGCUAACGGUGGCUCUGCGGCUGCGGCUGUAGCGACAACAAGGGCAACGACGCCGAGCAAGAAAGAGCAGAUGAACGCUGCCGCCAUCGUCAGUGCUAGUUCCAAGGCCGUCGCCGCGGCUGCUGCUGUCCAGACUGACUUGCCGAACUUGAUGAAUGUCGCUUCGGAUUCAACACCUGCGCCUGGUGCCUCGGUGAACGGGAGCAACUUUACGUCUGCCAUUGGAGCCUCGUCCAACCUUUGGAUCAGCCCCGCACCCGGCCAGAUCUUUGCAGGUGGCCAGGAUGUCGUCGUCUCCUGGCACUCUUCUUCAACCCAAAAUACAGACGCCAGCGAUGCACAGAUGCGACUGUGCCUACUCAACUCUCCGACGGAUCUGCAGGCAGCCAUGGCCGGCACGCUCGACCAGGACGCAUGUGGCAAAGCAACAGCGCCGAAUGUCAACACCGAUCUGCACGGUUCAUCGUACUCGAUCGUGUUCUCCGCACCAAACGUCACAGUUGCCAACAGCUUCUUCAUCAUGCUCGACAACGUCCCACUGUCUCAAUCUAGUGGCCCUUGGAAGAACAACGGACAGAAGCAAGCCGACAGCAGUGACAGCGAGGCGGGAUCUAGCGCAGACUCAGGCUCAAGCUCAAGUUCUGACUCCAAUUCGGACUCUGGCUCUGGUUCCGGCGACGGCAGCUCUUCAUCUAGUGGCUACUAUGGCGAUGGCUCAUCCUCGAGCGACGACGGAUCCUCUUCCUCGGCAUCGUCUGGGAACAACGGCAGGUCAACCAGUGGAAGCGGUGAUGGAAGCAAUAGCUACGGCAGCAGGCGCUGGUCAUCCUUGGAGCGCGAGAAGAAGCAGAAGAUAAACAGCAGGGACCACCGUCGCCGCGACGGCGCUUCUUCGGGCGUCUCGUCGAUCUUGACGCCCGCCUUCGUGCUGGCGCCAUUCGGUUCCCCGACGACAGCAGUGGCGCUGAAUGCUAUUCUGCCUAACUCUGCGUCAUCCAGCCCCGAAGCAAGCGAGUCCAGCAGCGGGGUCGACAACAGCAAGUCCCUCGGUGGGACCUCCAAGGCGGCCAUCGCUGUACCAUGCGCGCUCGCUGGCGCAGCGGCCCUCGCCGGUCUCGCCCUGUGGAUGUACAAGAGAGGUCGUAAGUCUGCUUCAAGGGAGGCAUCCGAGCUUCGCGACCAGGAGGAGGAAGCACGCGAAAAGGCGGAGGAUGUGCGCUUCGGCUUGGGGGGAGCAGCGAUGCAGGCGCAGAGAAACGGACGCGUGCCACCAAGGCGCGUCUUUGGCUCUGCUGAGUCGCAGCGUUACCACAACGCAUGUGCUUCCCUCUCCGAGGCCAUCAUCGCCCGAUCACAGUCGUGCCACCACUCUGUCAACAGCAAGAGCGGCGGCUCAGAGGAAAAGUACAGCGGCACCUACACGCAGCGCCCCAUUCUCUCGGGUCGCAGCAAGGACAGAUACACGAACCCCUUCCACGACGACAUACCCGUGCUGGCUUAUGGCAACCAGGCACCUUCGGGCAAAGGAGAGAAUCUUCGACGGCAAAAUCGCUACCGUAAGCUCCACACCUGCUCGACCCACUUUGGUAUCUCGCGAUCCAGCACUUUGUCAUCCUCUGGCUCCCACAGGACGGGCUGUUCGUGCACCAGCCGCACUUCGAAAGGUGGCGAGCACAUGGCUGCGCAAGAUAGUCUCGCUCGAGACCCGCCGAUCUACAAUGCUGCAGACUUUGAUCCACCUGUCUUGACGUUCACCUCGCCGACAGCUACAUCGAUCUCUUCUGGUUGUGCUUCCGCUUACAGCGGCUUCAGCCACGGCUACGGUCACGAGCAGAAGCCCUUGCCGCAAGAAUCGAUGCUGCCUGCCUUAACGACACCUGCCGAAGCGUACAACAUGCGCGCCGGUCCACCCGUCCGCAACAUCCCGCUGAACGCUUCUCCGUCAGCAGCUGGCUUCUUCCUGUUCCCGCGCUCUUGUGCAACGGGCAAAGCGGAGGACGCGCUCACCCGUCUUCCGUCGCUUGCGAAUGCUGCAACAGCGGCAGGGGCGGGAGCACACUUGCCACCGAGCCACGCGCGCAAAGUCUCGCGAGAGCUGCCAGCCCUGCCGAAUCCUUUCACGGAGGGCAUCUCAGUUUCUACAAGUCAAGGAAAGACCGGCGACGCCAGCGACAAUGUGAAUGUCAAGUCGCCUGGCUCGCUCUACUCUCAAGAUAGUGACAACAUCGGCGGAAGCGGUGACACCCCACUUAUGGCUGCACUCGCCAGGAUCAGCCCACCACGUGCGUCUGUCUCUCCGCGGGCGUUCUCUGUCGCCAUCAGCGCACGUCGCGCAAAGAACUCUUCUUCUUCCUCCUCCGUCAAUUCUGGCUGUGGUUCGGAGACUGAGGGCGAGGGUGAACGCCCCACCUGCUUCGACGCAAAGGCGUCUGCUGAGGCUAUUGCCAAGACAGAGGCAAGGAUCAACAGACGCAACUCGCUAGCUUCCACUACCAGCAGCAGCGUCGCCAGCGUUGCGGCGCCCACUUCGGACCUGUACGACAAGCUUCGCAGGGUCCUCGGCGGCGGCGGCGGCAGCGGCAGCUGCACUGGCAAUGCCCCAGCCACCGCGCCUUCUAAAUCGGUUGUGUAA